CCUCCCGAGUGCGGGUUUUAACAGAAAAACUGAGAUUUAAAGGAUCUCACCCCCUCCACUCCCCCUUUUUUCCUUCCCCAGAGGGAUGUCCGCUUUGUGUAGUAUUUUUAAUUGCUUAAGUGUUUUAUUACGGGCCACUCAGCCAAGCGGAACCUCUCCUGAGUUAAUUCUUUCUUACAGAAGUUUUCGGGCGGUGAAACAGUCGGACAGUGGCAGUGCCGGCUCCUGAUCGCCGGGCUGUGGGAAGGAGCAGGGGAGGAGAAACAGGAGGAAACAAGGAGAAACACGAGGAAACGAGGAGAAACAGGAGGAAACGAGGAGAAACACAGGGAACGAGGAGAAACACAAGGUUCUGAGCCCAGGAGCACCUUUCCCUUGAGGUCUGUGCCAUCUUCUGCCGAUGUUCCCUCUCUAACAGUGGCCAGAGGGACCCCCACCAGCUGCCCUCAGCAAGGAGCCCUCGCCAGGAAGCACGAUGAAGAUCGUGGUCGCUAAAGUGCUGUGUCUGCUGGGCAUCUGUGUCCUCAUGCUGGUUGGGUCCCUUCUCCCUGUCAAGAUAAUCGAGGCUGAUUAUGAGAAAGCUCAUCGCUCCAAGAAGGUUCUUGCCCUCUGCAACUCUUUUGGAGGAGGAGUCUUCCUGGCCACCUGCUUCAACGCCUUGCUGCCUGCCGUGAGGGAGAAGCUCGACGAGGUUCUCAGGCAGGGGAACGUCACCACGGACUACCCGGUGGCCGAGACCAUCAUGAUGGUUGGCUUCUUUGUGACUGUCUUUGUGGAGCAGCUCGUCUUGACCUUCCAGAAGGAGAAACCUUCUUUCAUUGACUUAGAGACCUUCAACGCUGGUUCGGAUGUCGGGAGCGACUCGGAAUACGAGUCUCCCUUCAUCGCCUCCUCCCGCGGGCGCGCGCCGUACGGAGAACAUGGUCACCACUCCCACGGCCUGAACAUCCAGGAGCUCUCCCGCUCCGGCCCCUUACGGCUCAUCGGGCUGGUCUUUGCCUUGUGUACCCACUCCAUCUUCGAGGGGCUGGCCCUGGGCCUGCAGGAGGAGGGCAGCAAACUCAUGAGCUUGUUCCUGGGAGUCGCCAUUCACGAGACGCUGGUCGCCGUGGCGUUGGGCAUCAGCAUGGCCAAGGCCUCGUUGGCCCUGAAGGAUGCUGUGAAGAUGGCUGUGGCUGUCAGCCUCAUGAUCCCUCUGGGCAUUAGCAUUGGGAUGGGGAUUGAGAGCACCCAAAGCGCUGCCAGCAGCAUUGCUUCCCUGCUCCUGCAAGGCAUCGCGGGGGGCACUUUCUUGUUCAUCACCUUCUUUGAGAUCCUCGCCAAAGAGUUGGAAGACAAGAACGACCGUCUCUUGAAGGUUCUCUUCCUGGUGCUGGGCUACACGGCUCUGGCUGGGCUGGUCUUCUUCAAGUGGUGAAGGUGGGAGCGAUGGGAAGCAAAUCUCACCUCCUCCCCUCGCCAACAGCACCGGGGACGAGCCACCCCUUCAGCCAAGGGGGACACUGAAGCUCAAGGGCCAGGUGAAACAUCUGAAGGACCCGAAGGUGGAGAAUUUCUCCCUGGGUGCUCAGAGGGAGAUAAAAACGCGGCGUGUCGCGGUGUAGGUGUCCCAAGGUAUUGUCCCUGUCCCUUGGAUCUGCGGGUGCAGCAGCUUGGGCGGAGAUUAGUCGACGCCAACGUUAAGAGUCUGGUUCUAAGGCUGCCUGCAAAGAGCUCCUCGAGCGGGUGGCUUCCUGGUAAUCCCUGUAGCCAGCCCCCUCCCUCCUUCCCUCACCCCCCCUGCGCAAACCGCCGCUGGGAACCCGCUGCCUUCGCUCUCGGGCUCUGCCAAGGUGAGAAACAGCCACCGAAAUAAAGCGGAAGGCAGGUGGGGUGGCGGAUUGCACAGCUGCACUAAGCUGCUUUCCCUGGCUUAGUUUUGAGCAAAACCUGGUUGUAAGAGCUGCCAAAAAUAACAUCCCUUCAGGGGCGGCUGGGGCCUGGUGCCGCAGCUCCCCCCCCCGCGCAGAGCUGCCAUUUUAACCCCCAGGUGGCUCUGGGAGCUCUUGUUUCUCAGUGAUUAAGGGAAGAAACGAGGCCGGGCCGUGGCCCUGUCCCCUGCUUCCUUCUCUGCUCCUCAUCCUUACGCUGAGCGUUCCCUAAAGAAAACCUCCAGCGGAGCCUUAAUGUCUCCUUUGAAAAUCCCCGUGCGAGGGCCGUUCCGCGGAGCCCGGGAUCCGGGAGUUUGUAAGAAACGGGCGGCAGCAAUUUCCAGCAAUUUUAAUAUUUUAGGGCAAGCGUUUGCUGCGUUUAAAGGGUCUGUGGUGAAAUGGGUUUGAGCAGUCGC